CAUCUCGGAAGAGAACCAGAACUCAAAGAGCCAAUACGCCUGCAGCAAUGCUCCCCGCAGACAUCUUCCAGCGCCUUCCAAUCGCCACUGUCUGCCUCAAACCAUGUUCUUUCCCGACCCCAAAACCAGUUGCCCAGUUUCACUUGUGCACCCGCCCCACAAGAGGAGCAACCAUACGGUGCAUGGCGAAACCAAGGAGAGUGAAAAUGGUGGCGCAGCAGAUAAGAAGGGAGCUUUCCGACAUGCUCUUGACCGACAAGGUCUUGCAGUAUGCUGUCCUCCCGGAAGCCGCCUUGGGAGCGGACCGCUAUCUGUCUUCACUCACUACCAUCAGUGAUGUUGAAGUCUCCGCUGAUUUACAGGUUGUUAAAGUAUAUGUCUCAGUUUUUGGGGAUGAGAGAGGGAAGGAGGUUGCAUUAGCUGGAUUGAAGUCUAAAGCUAAAUACGUUCGUAGUCAGCUGGGAAAGAGGAUGAAGUUGCGUCUUACUCCGGAGGUUCGCUUUAUUGAAGAUGAAUCUUUGGAGAGAGGAAGCAGGGUGAUUGCAAUAUUAGAUAGGAUAAAGUCUAAGGAAAAGAUUGCAGAAGUUGAAGAUGAAGAAGAAUUUGAAUCAUCUGAUUCCCCUCAAGAUGACAGAGAGUGGGAAGACAAUGACCCAGAUGAAGACAUUAUUUAUGUGAAAUAGCUGCCCUAUAUUUGCUGAGAGAUGGCAAUUACUUUUGGCUUGGAAAAGAAUGUCCACAGUGUGGGAAGAUCAGGACAUCAGGUAUAUUUACUAACCUGGAAAGAAGCAAGUCUUCUUUACCUGUAAUCAUCAUGGAAGUAUAUCCUUUAUCCUGAUGAAGCUAUCCAAAAAUUUUUUGUCUCCAUUUCAGUGUAGUUUUCAUGUCUUAUAAAUGUUAUGACUAGCUUGACAGUUUUCAUAUUCAAUCAAAAGAUCGUAGAUUGUUUCAGAUCAUUUUUUUUCCCGUUCGAGGAUCUUCAUUUUUGGUUGGUCCAUAAUACUGUGGAUGUUUAGGCAAUUCAUACCCUUUGUUAUGUAAGAAAAUUCAUACUUUCCA